ACAUGACGUGCCCUGCUGGUUCCUACCUGGACGGGGACAAGUGUCGCAAGUGCAAGCCCGGCACGUACAGCAUGGGAUCCGUUUCGAUGCUUUCUAUGAGCUUGAUGACCGGUUGUUCCAGACGGACUGCACCCACUCCAACUCCUCCGGUUCAUUCAAGUGCGACGGGUGGUAUGCAGCAGACGGCCAGCUCAAAGCCGGCCCGUACGACCCACCCAAUGAAUGGUAUCCUGACGACUGCUCCCUGGGGUCGUACAACUGCCACAACAACCUGCGUGCGUCGCUGCGCAUGCAAGUGGAGCUCAUCACAUCCGGCUACAUCCGGUACAAGUUCACAGUGAGCACGGAGCACAAGUUCGACGGGCUGCUCUUCUUCCUCGACUCCUCGCCAGAGCCUUUGAUGGGGCUUGAAUCCAACCAGUUCGACCCGGUGCAGAUAAUGCUGGAGCCAGGCAUUCACACGCUGGAGUGGGUUUACUACAAGGACUCCAAAUUCACCAAGGGGAGGGACUCUGCUGCCCUGCAUCUGAUAGAGGUGGGAGGCAUUGAUUACACGGACCGGCAGUGCUUCCCGUGCCAGGCAGGCUUCUACAGUGAGGAGGGCUCUACUGAGUGUGCGCCAUGCCCUGUGGACCACUACUCGCGGGAGGGCUGGCCAGAGUGCAAGCCAUGCAGUGCUGAAGAGUACGCGCAGUCGCCUCCUCGAGCCAACUGCUCUGCCAGGCCUCCUUGCAACGUGACAACCGAUGCCGCCCCUACCUACGGCAACUGUAGCGCAGUGGACAACCAGAGAAUCAAGACCUGGGCAUGGCUCUCUCCCCACAUCUGUGCGCCCCUCUCAGAGGACGAGGACCUUCCUGCUGACACCCAUGAGCCGUGCCCCCCCUGCCCGUCGGGUCAGUACGCUGUGGAGGACAGCACCACGCGCACCAGACUCUGCCACUUCUGCCCACCGGGCCUGGCACGAAGCGCCUCUGUGUCUAAAACAGACAAGGCGUGCCGCAAGUGCCCUCCGGGAGAGGUGGCGGUGAAGGCCCUCACCAUGGAUCACUUUGAGCUGCACCGGGUGAAGCUUCCUGACGGUUUCGUGACCGGGUGCAGCGGGGACUGUGGUUCGCUGGGGUGGAGAGUGGUGAACGGGAAGCUGGACUCUGGCAGCAACCACGGCAAGAGUGCCUCCGUGUGGCUGUCCUAUGACGUCAGCAUGGCAGUGGACGGGCACAUCACAUUCGCCUAUGAUGACGACCCGGGUGCUGACUCAGCAGCGCCAGCCGGCCCGACAACCAGCGACACGUGGCCGCUGCCAGCUGGCAACCACAGCCUGAUGUGGAUCUGGGUCACGCUCAACGCUGACAAGGCGAUCGCCAGGCGGGAUUCCGCGGAGAUCCUGGACAUCACCGUGUGGGGCAGCACUGUGGGGGGUGCGCCUUCCUGUGUGCCCAUUCCCCCCGGCACUGCCCCGGAUGCUGCCACCCUUACCUGGAAGGCCUGUCCGCCUGGAGAGUACAGCGAGGGAUCGGGCCUGCCGUGUGUAAAAUGCCCUGCCAACACCUUCAACCCAAGACCCAAGGGCACACACUCCUCCUGCCUCCCCUGCGGCCCUGGCACCUCGUCCCUCCCAGGCAGCACUGCUUGCACUGUUGGUGACAUCACUGUUCCCUCCUCCUUCUGCACCUUCCAAGUAGUUUCUGAUCUGGACCCCCCCAGCAGCAGCAGCACAAGUGAAGCUAAUGCUAACACCACCACCAACACUACCGCCACCACCAGCACCCCCUCCCCCUCCAUUCCAUCCGCCUCCUCUCCAAUCGUCUACGAUCUCUCCCCGCUCUCCCGCGUCCAUCCUGGCCGCAUGUUUGGGCCGAUCUUUGAGGAUCCAACGGCUGCGGAUCGCCAGCACGGGCCCCUGUAUUUUGUGUCUGUGUGUGCUGCCCCUGCAGGCAACACAGAGAGGGGGGAGAGAGAAGGGAAGAGCACAGAAGUAGGGCAGGGUGCGGAGGGAGGGGGUGGUGGGGAGGGGAAGGAGGGGAAGAAGGAGAAGGGAAGGGCGAUGGAGUGUACAGAUGCAGAAGGCAAGCCGAUAGCGACCAUGGCAUGUCGGGUGAAUCCUCAGGUGAUGCUGGACGAGCAGCACAGAGGAUCCCACAGCCUAGGCGACCGUGUCUCCCUCUUCCCCCUCUCCCCCCUCUCGCACCCCCCAAACGCCACCGACCCCCUUCCCCACCGUCCCGACCCCAUCCUUGCGCGGAGGGGGUUGGUGAUGGUGCUGGAAGGGGAGAGAUGCCCUUUCUCCGUGCAGGGGGGAGGGGGGGAGGGGAGCAGGUGGGGGAUGGGGGAAGAUGCGGAGAAGGGGAAGGGGAAGGGGAAGGGGGAAGGCGGGGAGGAGAAGUAUGGACGGCUUACGAUCACUUUCAUUUGUGACCCUAAUGCAGGCAUCGGCCAUCCCUCGCCAUGGACAGAAGAAGGCACGCGGGCAGCAUUCAACGUGUCCCUGCCCUUCCCCGUCCCUUCACAUCAUUAUUCUUGUGCUACUCAUUCCCCUCAUUCCCUCCUCCCUUCCUCCUCCCAGGCAUCGGCCACCCCUCCCCCUGGACAGAAGAAGGCACGCGGGCAGCAUUCAACGCGCAUCGGCCACCCCUCGCCAUGGACAGAAGAAGGCAGGUGGGCAGCAUUCAACGCGUCCCUGCCCUUCCCCGCGUGGACCAAGCGGGGGGGUGACCCAGUCCCCGCCACGCAGGGGGGAGACGGGGUGGUGCCAGGGUGUGUGUAUGAGCUGGCGUGGUACAGUGCAUAUGUGUGCCCGCUGUGCUCUGAGGAAGAUGUGGAACAAGUGCCAGUGGCGGACUGCCACAACAACAAGCGGGCAACUUACAAGUACCGGCAUCCACGGGUGAGUGGCGGGUUGGUGCCGGGGUGUGCAUAUGAGCUGGCGUGGUAUAGUGCGUAUGUGUGCCCUCUGUGCUCUGAGGAAGAUGUGGAGGAGGUUCCAGUGGCAGACCGCCACAACAACAAGCGAUCCACGUUCAAGUACCGGCAUCCAAGGGCCCCUCUCCCUCCCGACCAGCUAUGCUCCCCGUGCACUGCAGACGACUACAGCAGCUUCCAGCAAAGCUGCACCGACAGCGCGGGCAACCACAACCUGGUGGCAGAGGAAGUGCAGUUGGAGGCGGAACUGGCAGCCAUGGCUGAGGAGGCAGACCAGGAGAGGGAGGACAUGCUGUUCAACCGAGACCGUAGUUACCCGUCAUAA